AUUCUCCUUUGACUUUCUCUAUAAAUAGUCAACACACAAGAUCAUUUUCAUAUAAUUUUCCUAUAAAUCAAAUUAGGCACUUUAUUCGAUAAUCAAAAAUUUUAUCUGUCUUCAUUAUUUAUGUACGUUCUCAAAUCUUAUAAGAGUUAAUAAGCAAAAUGUAUGCAUUUUUAUGCCUAUUAAUGAUGUUUGCUGCAAACAGCGAUGAUGCAAACGCAGAUCAAACUGAAAUGAACUCAUUAAAUGAAUGUACGGAUUGUUGUAUCUUACCAAAACAAUUUAAAAAUGGAAAAAUAAUUUCUCAAUUCCCUGGUCAUACUUUAAAAAUUCCAAGUCAUACUGUUAUAAAUUUUAAAUGUAGAUCUAAUUAUAAAUUAAAAGGAAAGAGAACGAAUAAAUGCAUAAAUGGAAAAUGGUUAUUAAAGCAUCCAACGUGUAUACCGAAAUCCUGCCAACCUCCUCCUCUUGUGGAACACGGAGAACCCAUAUUGCAAUCUAAUAAAGCAGAAUUUCCUAUCUCAACUCGAGUGAAAUAUCGAUGUGAUGAAGGAUACGAGUUAAGAGGAGGAAACGAGUUGAUAUGUAUCAAAAGGGGAUUCAGUUUGGAAUGGUCGGGAGAACGUCCCAUUUGUACAGAUAUAAAAGAUUGUCGCGAUCCGGGGAUUUCUUCUGAUGGUUACCGUCUGGGAGAAUGUUGCAAAAAAGGUAGCACGGUUCAUUAUAGUUGCAAUUCGGGAUUCACGUUAGUAGGAGCCGAAACAAUUGUUUGUACCGAAAAAGGUUGGAGUAAUCCACGACCACUUUGUAGACCCGAAGAAUUUUGCCCCGAUCCUCCCGUUAUCCCUCAUGGAAAUCUUGUGGGAAAAAAAUCAGGAGACUUUUAUCAAACUAACGAUGAGAUAUCAAUCGAAUGCGAAAAAGGAUAUUCUAUUAGUCAAGGAAGCGAUUUGUUGUUCUGUGAUAGCGGACGUUGGGAUGAUGAAUUUCCUCAAUGCUCAGAAAUCAAAUGCAAAUUACCAAAAAUACCGGAAAAUGGAUUUAUUCACGAGAAAAACCAAAGCAUUUUUCCGUUCCAAUUUGAGAUAAAUUUUGGUUGCCAAGAAGGAUUUAUUCUAAUUGGAAACUGGUGGAGCGCGUGCACCGAAUUAGGCUGGAGUUACCCCAUUCCAAAAUGCCAAAAAAUUCGUUGUCCCGAACCUCCCACACCGGAAGGCGGAUGGAAAAAAGGGAGAAGUUAUGAAAUUGGUGACAUAAUGGAGUUCGGUUGCUUUUCGGGAUAUCAAUUACUCGGAUCUGCUAAAAGACAAUGUCUUCCAAAUGGCAGAUGGAGCGGUGAACUUAGUAGAUGCGAUUCAAAAGAAAAUGACUGUCCGAAUCCUGGAAUUCCUAUCAAUGGAAUCAAAAUUGGACGUUUAUAUAAAUUUGGAAACGUAGUGAAAUUUCGUUGCUUACCUGGAAAACAGUUAGUUGGAUCUAAGCAAAGAAUGUGCCAAAACAAUGGCGAAUGGUCUGGAUCUGAAGCAAUAUGUCUUGACGAACACGAUUUCGAUCGAAAAGAAUCAGUAAGUUCUCGUCUGCAAGAGAUAAUAGAUGCUGAGAAGACUGAACAGGAGGAUAUUUUAGAGGAUUAUAAAGAAUCAUUAAAAGAAAAUUCUCACAUUGUUUCCCGAGCAAUUAAUCUAAAUCAUCCAGAUCGCUUGGUAUUUUAUUUUAUCUUCGAUAUCUCCGGCAGUAUUGGAAGUGAAGAUUUCAAGAAAAGUGUCAAUUUUGUCAAACUCUUAGUCAAAAAAAUUGGAGUAAGUGUGGAUGGAAGUAGAGUGGGAGUUAUGACUUUCAGCAACGAAGCCAUUAUAGAAUUUUUUCCUAUGAUUUUUACUACUACUGAAGAUGUUAUUACUGCUUUGGAUAAUUUAAACUUUACAAAGGGAGGUGGAACUGCUACCAGGUUGGCUCUUAAAGAAUUAAAGAAUAAGAUGAUUCCUUUAACGGAAAAUACGCUUGGAGGAAAACAAAAACCAAUUGUGUUUCUAAUGACAGAUGGUAAGGCUAAUAUGGAAGGAGAUCCUAUGCAAGAUGCGGACCAACUGAAAGAAUAUGGAGUAGAGAUAUAUUGCAUUGGAAUAACGGGUGAUCGACAGAUGAAAACGUUGUACGACAUUGCUUCAACAAGGGAUGAACAUGUUUUCAUAUUGGAUUCUUACGAUACUGUCGAUUGGCUAAUACAGGAAAUUAUUAACGGUUCAGUUGAUUAUUCUGUUAACUGCGGUAUACAGAAAUCGGUGUUGGUAAAAGGGGAAGAAGAAGAAGAGGAGGAGGACAAUUUAGGACGUGUAAUUGGAGGAAAAAGAGCAAAGCGUCCGUGGCCAUGGAUGGCAGCAUUAUAUUUUGCAGACAAUGCUGAUGAAGAUCUAGCUAAAGCAGUGCAUCGAUGUGGUGGUUCUAUAAUUGACAAAUAUUGGAUCCUGACAGCAGCUCAUUGUUUUUAUCAAAACGAUAUUCUCAUAGACAAGAACCACAUAGUCGUUUAUUUAGGUUUGCUCAACGUAAAAAAUCGCAAGAAUCUCCAAAAAAUAAGAAUAGAGAAAUAUAUCUUUCAUCCACAAUACAUCAAAAAAACACAUCAUAAUGAUAUUGCAUUGGUUAAAUUAGGCAGACAAGCGGAGUUCAACAUGUUCGUACGACCCAUUUGCCUUCCACCUACAUUUUCAAAAUUGCCAAAAGAUUCCCAAUUGUAUCGAGAAGGAGAGAGAGCAGUCGCUAUUGGUUGGGGUUACGAUAAACCUGUAGCAGAAGUGAAAGAAUAUCUACAGCCUAUCAGUCACUUAAAACGAGUAAAAUUGCCUAUACAGAACGAUAUUACUUGUAAGAAUAGUUUAAAUGGCAAAUACGAUUUUACGGACAGAAUGUUUUGUGCUGGAAAAGGAAAAGGAGACGAAGAUACUUGUAAAGGAGACAGUGGUGGACCUUUGAUGCAGCGAAUGAAAAAUGACUUAGGUCAAAAAUAUUGGACUCAAGUAGGCAUUAUUAGCUGGGGUGUAGGAUGUGCUCAGAAAGGUAAUUACGGCUUCUACACUCACGUUUCCAAGUUGGUGGAAUGGAUUGAAGAAACUAAGAAAAUUGAAUAAAGAUAUAUUGUUCUCUUAAUUUCGAUGGUAAAAUUUCGGUAUCGAACUUCGAUCAAUUUGCUGAAUGUAACUUAGUCCGUGACUUCAAAAGAACCUGGCUGGAAAAAUAAAGAUUUUUAAGAUUUAAAUUGUAAGAAUAAUGUAA